AUGCAGGCCGCGCAAAAGGGCCCCAAGGCCUGUACGACUUGCGCAAAGGCUAAGGCGCGAUGCAUUCCAGGAAAUUCUGAUGGCGACAAAUGCGAGAGAUGCCAGAGAUUGAACAAGGACUGCUUCUCCCGUCCGCCGGCCCCGCCCCGCAUCAAGAAGAGGCCGAAGAGAUCCAGGGUCGCCGAGCUGGAGAAGAGGCUGAAUGAACUGUCCUCACAAGUCGGUCAAGGCCACGCGCGGCUGCCGACGCCCGAGGAUGCGGCGACGUCAGAGCGAGCGACUUCCAGCGCCAAGACGGUAAACAGCGGCGACGUCCAGAGCGACCUAGUCGAGAUUGUCAACCUGCAGCACUGGUUCCCCAACUCGGCAAGUUCACCCGGUGGCGCUGGCGCCGGCAAAGAAAAGUCGGUGUCGCCGCCACGGGCCGGCUGGGAGGCUGAGGCCUUUCAGCACAUGGACUCAAUCUGGCCGCUGCCCGAGGAUGCGGCGGCGCUGCUCCAGGACUAUCACGAACUGUGGGCGGACACGUUUCCCUUCAUCGUGGUGCCGCGGGACAUGACAUCCGAGGACCUUCGCGACAAACGGCCGUUCCUCUGGAAGGGAAUGAUGCUGACGGCGUCCUUCUUCGAUGCGGCGCGACAGACGCGGCUGGGCGCGGAGCUGCUAGGCGACAUGGCGCGCGCGGCCGUGGUCGAGGGCGUCAAGACGCUCGACCUACUACAGGGCAUGCAGCUGCUCGUCGCGUGGUACCAGUACGCAGUCAAGGGCCACCAGCUGACCAAUCUUCUCUUCCUAGCGCGCUCCAUGUGCGUUAAUCUGAGCUCUCCGAGCUGCGACCCGUUGCCGAGCGAUGCGAGAUACUCCCAGCUAGAUCCCCUACGGGCCUACGCCGCUACAUAUUAUAUAAAUACAAUCUCUAUUUGCAGUGUUUUUGCGACGAAUAAGAAGACAGAUGUCUUUAUGAAUACGUCCCACGUCGAGCUCUGUCUCAAGACGCUCGAGAGCGCAGCAGAAUAUCCGUCGGAUGUUUUCCUGGUCAAGCUCGUCAAGUCGCAGCAGAUCGCCCAGAACGUUGCCCUCACGAUGUCCUUUGACCCCAGCCAUCCCAUGCAACUCCCCAUCCCCGUCAUGGUUCAGACCUUUCAAGAGCAAAUCAAGAACUUCCGAGAAACGCUACCAAAGCAUUUAGAAAAAGAUCCGUCCCUCGGCGGCCACCUCCUCAUCUCCGAAGUCCUUCUAACAGACAUUGCCCUGUCAGACCAGUACUGCGGGCCGGCCAGCAUGCCAGUCGAGACGCGCCUGGAGCUUCUGUGGUCGUGCAUUCGGUCGCUGCGGGCCUUUUUCCGCAACCGCUUCCUCAACCGUGACAUUGACCGGCCGCGUUACGUCAACCUAACAACGUCGGACAUCGCCUACAGCCUCAUCACGAGCAUCAAGCUGCUGAUGUUGCGGCUGCCCGGCUGGGACCCCAAGCACGUGGCGUCGGAGCUGACGAUCACGCACGUGCUGCACUGGCAGAUUAAUGACCUGGCGCUGAUUAUCGAGAAGCGUCGCGGGGAGUCGGCAGCCACGGGGACUGCUGGACCGGCCAAGGUGGCGCCGAUUGCGGAGGACCCGUGGGAGCGCCUCCUCCGCCUGCUCUUCAACGCAAGGGAGCUGGUCAACUUGCAGUGCCACGCGGGGGACAUGAACGCGACGGCUGCGGCUGCGGCUGCGGCUGCGAUUCCGGGCAUGCCAGGCCCGCCGGGCUCGUCGCAGGCUCUACUUGGGGAGCUGGACGAGUCUGUGUGGUUUGAUAUUGUGAACGAGACGGCCUGGAACAUGAAUGACGAAAUCAUGUCUGGGUAA